AUUUGGAUGCUGUAGUUCGAAACCUCUAUCAGUCGGUUCAACAGGAACUGGAGGACUUGCGAAAUGCACGAUGCGCUGCCACAACCAUGCCCAAAAACUUGUCCGUUUUUAGCGCGACAACCAAGGAAGGCAUUGAAAGGUACGAACUCACAUUCCCUUCGAGCGAAAAACGCAAGGAUUGGGAGCGUACAGUGAUGGAACUGAAACGGCAAUUGAUGUCCUACAACCAUGGUAUUCCAACACCCCGCUCAAAAUCGUCUUCCGGAUAUGGUCAAGCUUUGAAUAAACCUCGACUGUCCCUAUCCAGAUCCGACGAGAAUGUUGAGAUCACGGGAUUAGAAAGUAAAGAUCGUAGCAGAUCUGAAAACGAAGUACACUUAGAAUCCUCAUCAGCAUCUGGCUUACACCACGAAUUAAGUGCUGCUGAUGAAGCUAGGACAAGCUCGACCCGUAAAUCCAGUGGGAGUCAGUUAGAUGAUGAUUCAGAGACACUGUGCUAUGUACGAACACAAACCAGCAACUCGCCAAUUAACACUCCACCAGAUACUCCAACACUUCGUGAAGUCGACGAGAAAGACGAUGUGUCAGCAGAUUACGACCCGGGAGAAAAGGAAAUCUCGGAACCGGCCAAUUUAUUUUCCCAGUCUUCACACUCCAUCGGAGAGUUAAAAGACCCAUCCAAACCGCUUUCACAAGAAUCGGCCACAGCUGGGAUUGGUGGUGGUAGCGCCGCCAAUGUGUCAGAAAUGGGAACUGAUUUGGAUCCGACUGCAGCUGACGAACAAGAGACACAAGCAUCAGAUUACUCCGAUUCCAGUGAUGUCAGCGAUGUGGACAAUGAGGUACAAGAUGAAACCAGUUCCAGUCACACCACUCAAACUACUUCAAAGGAGAGCUCCAACGAGGCACCCAUGGAUGUCUGCGAUUCACCGAAGAACAAUAAAAAUAUGAGACUUCUCGAUCCUCAUCGACCAACUAUGUGGCUAGGAACCGAAGAAGGAACUAUUUUUAUAUUUUACGCAAACGAAAAUAUCAAGACAAGUCGUCAACGUCAACAGAUCAAACUCACCUCAGCAAUCAACAGCAUCCUACAAUUGGACGUGCGCAUCUUUGUUGCAUGCAUGAACGGGGAUCUUUUUGUCUAUGAUCGCAACGCCGACGGUCUUUGGGAUGUGGACUCCCCGCGAUUACUGCAGAUUGACCCGGAUCACGAAUCUCCAGUUGUGGUGCGCCGCAUGCUAGCCGUGGCUGGUAAUGUGUGGUGUGCCGCACACCGUUUCGUCUAUGUGCUCAAUUCGGUCACCCUCAAAGUGGAGCUCUCUUUCCCUCUCAACGGAAACCCUGCCGAUCCGCGUGGGAUUCAAUUGAUGGCCUAUGGUAAACAGACGGUGUGGUUAGCCACAGAGAACAGCCCUCGAGUGAGCCUGUAUCAUGCAACAACAGGCGAAUUCCUCAUGGAAAUCGAUCUGAAACCGAUUGUUAUUCAAAGUUUGCAACGUAAGUCAGUGCCGACUAGUCGGAGUUGUGACACGUAUACACACACAUAUAUAUGUAAACACACACACAAGAUAAUUCUGGCAGAUUCACAAAUUGAGUGUUUUAAUUUGCUUUGGGCAAAUAAAAAGUUUGAUUUGGCAUUAAAACUCGUGGCCAGAUACGUUACGAAGCAAUUGGAUGACCAGGUUUUGAUCGCACUUACGCAAACACCAGCAGAAACUAAUCACACAACUGAGGGUAAUUGUGAGAUUUUUUUAGACGAACCAUAUCUUUCAGAAAUGACUGCCCAUCCCAUAAUUUUAUUAUAUCCGCUGAAAACUUCAAACACCUGGGUCCAUUAG